GUUAGUAAUACAAGUAGGCUGUUGAGCAAUGUUUAAUUGUCAUUGAGCGACCUCCACUGGGCGUGACUUUCUGAAAAUCUUGGACACUCGCAGUUCGUGUAUUAUCUCCUAAUUUCUUGUCUUAUCUCCCAUUGGACUCUGAUGUUUAAUAUAGUGCGGUGAUGACAAGCAUUCUUUCACUUUUAAAGUAGCCUAACAUUCGCAAAACCUGGACUUAUCGCGUGAAGUGCACCGUGAAGCCUUUUUUUUUCCGGACCAGUCUUCUAGGUUUUUGUUUUCCACUCAGAGUCUCUUUAAUAAUGUUGGAGUGUUUAUUGACGGUCUUUCUGGGCUUUAUCUCCGUGCUGCUGUUCUGCGCUUUCUGCAGUCGCAGGCGGAAGGACGGUGAGCCUCUGCUGAUUAAAGGCUGGAUUCCAUUCCUGGGAAAAGCUCUAGAAUUCAGAAAAAGCUCUCAGCAGUUUCUUUCACAACUACAGCAGGAGCAUGGAGAUGUUUUUACUGUACUUAUAGCAGGAAGGUACAUUACAUUCAUAAUGAAUCCUUUUCUGUACCCGUCUGUGAUCAAACACGGGAAACAGUUGGAUUUCCACACGUUUUCAGACAGUGCAGCAUCCAGGACAUUCGGUUACUCACCAUUACAGAGUGGCCUCUUCCCUGGAAUGAGUGACAGCAUCCAGCGGAGUUACACUUUGCUGCAGGGGUCUGCCCUCGACCCGCUCACAUUCAGCAUGAUGGGAAAUUUGCAGCAGGUCCUGCGAUGCCGUUUUCUGUCCAGUGAAGAGUCUGGGUCUGAUGGACAUUGGCAAGAGGCAGAACUAUAUGAGUUUUGUAAAUGCGUAAUGUUUCAGACCACGUUUAACACGCUGUAUGGACAUUCAGCAAAUCUGCAUCUGGAUCAGCUGCGAGAGGACAUUGAGAAGUUUGAUGGCAUUUUCCCUUUACUAAUGGCCCGUGUGCCCAUCGCAUUGCUGGGAAAAACCAAAGAAAUUCGUGAGAAGCUAAUAGGAUUUUUCUACCCUCAAAGAAUGGCAGAAUGGAGGGCUCCAUGCCAGUUCAUACAGACCCGGAUGGACCUGUUCCAGCAAUAUGACACGCUUCAGGACAGAGAUAAAGCAGCGCAUCAUUUUGCCAUGCUGUGGGCAGCAAUGGGAAACACCAUCCCAGCAGCCUUCUGGUGUCUUUACCACCUCAUCUCCUGCCCUGAAGCCCUUGAAGCAGUGAGAGCAGAGAUUAUCAAUGUGGUUGGAGAGAAGAACAUGAAGUUGAUCUUUGAAGAGGACAUCACAAUUACACGACAACAGCUAGAACAGAUGGUUAACCUGGAGAGUUCAAUAAAUGAGAGUUUACGUCUCUCCUCUGUAUCAAUGAACAUCCGUAUAGUUCAGGAAGAUUUCUGUUUGCGUCUGGAUGCCCAGCAUUCAAUCAACCUGCGAAAAGAUGACAUGGUUGCUCUUUACCCACAAAGCACACACCUUGACCCUGAAAUAUAUGAUCAGCCUCAGCGCUUCCAAUUUGACCGUUUUGUGGAGGACGGGAGGGAAAAAACAGAUUUUUAUAAAUGUGGCCAGAAGGUCCGGUACUAUCGUAUGCCUUUCGGCUCCGGAGCCACACAGUGUCCAGGGCGUUUUUUCGCGAUGAAUGAGCUGAAGCAGUUUGUGUGUGUGACUCUGCUCAUGUGUGAAAUGCAGUUGCCGGAGAACCAGCAGGAGGCGAUGCUAGACAACAGCCGUGCUGGUCUGGGCAUCAUGCCACCCGUUAAUCCAAUCACUUUCAAAUACAGAACCAAAAAAACGGGACAACAUGAAGAGGGAGGAAUGGACUAAAUGAAUAGAGAGUGACUGUUUUCUGUUCUUUGCUUGGGUAUCUUGCUUUCAUUUUUUUCACAGCUAUACACUGCAGUUUGAAUCAGGGUUUGAUGCACUACAGUGAACAGCCUUCUAUGUAUAUGCAACUGUUACAUAAUAGCAACUUUUCAAACAUCUUACCUCUAAUAAAUCAAUUUUAUCUAGUCACUGGGUGUAAAUAACAAUUAUAAACUCAAAGUGGCAAAGGCUGCACAUGCAAGUCAACUGGAUUUCAUGCACUGCAGCUCAUCUAGACUAAUCAUUUCUUGAUUUCAGCAUUGAACAUUAAAAGGUAAUUGUUUCUGCUAUUUUAGUUUAUUUUAAACCCUUAUUGAACAGUCAUAAAAUGUAUAUGGAAUAAACAAAUUGAUGUUCAAAAGUUUGGUAAGAUUUUCAGAUAUUUUUGAAUUAUCAAAUCUGACAAUGAAUAAUCAUUUGCUUCAAUACUAUUAGACUAUAUACACUAUAUACUCUGCUGAUAUAGUAAAUGGCAAGUUCAAAUACAGUUUA